CGAAAUCUCUUCGUCACGGGGAGUCGAGAGGAGAGGAGAGGAGAGAGGAAAAGAGAGCGCGAUAUGGGGGAGGAAUCGCCGGCGGCCGGCGGUGGCGCGGCGGCGGCGGCGGCCGGAAAACCAUCGGGCACGGCGCUUCCGAGGAGGGGGAAAUCCUGCAAGGGCUGCCUCUACUACUCGUCCAUGCUCAGAUCCCGCGGAUUCAACCCCGUCUGCGUGGGGAUCCCGCGCUCCAUCCCCCAAGUCCCAAGCUACGUGGUGGACGAGCCCAGAGAAGAGGCGGCGGCGCAGGGGCAUGAUUUGAGGCAGUUCAAGUACGCCUGCGCUGGUUACUCCAUGUUUGUGGUGGAUAACAAAGACGGCCGAAGCGGCGAGAAGGAGGGCAAGACGUUGUUGCCAUAUUGCCAGGGGCUUGAGCUAUUGGUGGACAGCAGAUUGGUUGAGAAGAAAUCACCAAAUAAUGAGCCUGCUACUGCCUCUUAUAGAAAGGAAGCGGCCACCAGCUCUCGGCAACAAGGACAAAGACCCGGGCAACUUACAGGACAGGAUUUCUAUGCGAGGUUUAGGAAAAGCGCGGGAUUGGUCGCUUCAGGCGUUGCAAAGAAUCUAAACAAGACAGCUAUUUACAUCAAGGAAAACGUCGCAGACAUACUUUACCCGGACCGUCGACCACCUAAAUAGGAACUAUGCUGCUUGCCCGUCGUUGUUCAGUUGGAGAUCUGAAGAAAAUUGCUACCGACAUGAGAUACAGAAGACUACCUGACGCCAUAUCCUUACAAAUUACAAUAACCACAUCCCUAUUGAGGAGUGGCCCGAGCCACAUUGAGCAAAAUUGGACGGUUUCUUGGAUGCUCUUAAUUCUUUCCAUUGUACUUGCAUCGUUUUUGUAAUGUUAUGGCCAGAUACAAACUAAUGUUGUACAUGCGACAGCCUUCCUGCUUCAUUGAAGCAAAAAUGGGAUCUGGUCGGUGAAAUGUUGAAUGAUGUCAACUGUUAACUCCUUGAGGGCAAAAGGUUGAUAGAUAUAAGUAGAAGAGUGCUAUCCAAUAGUGCGCUUAUUAUCGUACAGAGUAGCAUAUGGUUAUCGUUUUCACCAUGCAGGAAAAGCCAUAAUAGUAUUAGGAGUAUGUUAAUCUGUUCUUUUGCUCUCUCGUACUAAAUACUACUCCUUUACUA